CCAGGCGGAAGUACACUGUGCGUCAUCCGUAGCAAGAUGGUGGCCACCAGGAGAGGUGCACGCGUGGGCUCCCCAACGAAAAAUACCAGCGAUGAAGCUUCUGUUGUCACGGAGCCCACUCCUUCAACCAGAAGAACACGACGUAGAACUGUAAUAGAGACACAGUCGCAGUCAGAACUCACUAGUGACUCUCAGCCAGAUAAGCCAAAAGAUGACAGUGCUACCCCUUCCUUACGAGCAAGUCCACAUAAGAGAGAAACUAGAAGAUCCAGGCGUCUUCCUGCAAAUAAAAAACAACCUGAUUCUACCCAUGAAGCUGACGUCUCGGAAUCAGAAUCCUGUUGCUCUGCAGUUUCAGAUGUGCAGGCGACACCUAGAACUCGUAAAAGAACUGUGGUGCGUGAGAAACCUAAAGGCACAACACUGGAUGAAGAGUCUGAUGCUGAAUCCUGCUCCUCUUCAGUUUCUACGACCCGUUCUCCCAGAGCCCGACGCAGCCUGAGGAAACGAGUUCAGACUGCAGCAGCCUCUAAUGCUGCAAAGGGUGAUGAUGCCAGGGAUCUGUCAGGGGCAGAGUCUUGUAGCUCUGUUGUGUCUCUCACUAAAGUUCUGGACACGCGUAGAAUAACCAGGAGCCGCAGAAAAACUGUGGUUGCCACCACAGAAGCAGACCUGUCAGAACAAGAUUCGUGCUCGUCUAAUGUUUCCGGCCUUCGGGGCUCAGUGGUUCGCAGGUCCACACGAAACCAGAAGGUAAAACAAACCGAACCAGUCCCUUUGAACUUGGACGAUACCACAGACACCCCUUCCUCUCCAAGGUCCAGCAGAUCAAGAGACCCUAGACGCAAGGCAAAAUCAGGAGUUGAAGACGUAUAUAGCUCUGAAGGAUGCAAAUCUGGUCCUAGCAUGAGUCCCUGGAGAUCCACCAGGCGUCAAGCCAAACUGAACACUUUGGUUGGUGAGUCCGAUUCAGAAUCGGUAGCUACGGAUAUAUGCACCUCUCAAGGUAGCCCAAGCUCUUUAAGAGGAAGGGGAACUCCUUCUAGUAGCAGAACUGGCUCUGCCAGUAGUAACCGGGCUUUUCCUGUAACCAGGACAAGAAGCAAAGCAAGAGAUACCUCUGAUUUGAGCGUUACCCUAACAAAACUUGCUGCCAUGCCUGAGAAAAAACUAGAGCACAAUGAGCAUGAGCCAGUACCUCCCCAUCCAGAAAGUCUUCCGGUACCAAAAGAUGAGAAAGUUGAGGACACAUUGGAACAGUUGGACAGCACCAUAACAAUGGACACCAGUGAAGCCCAGGAGAGCACCAUGAUUGAGGGCACAUUUGGAGAUCUCACUCUAUUUCUCGAGCAGGAUGAGCCAGUCGAAAUGCUGGAACCUCAGAGCAUGAAAGAGACUGAGUGUCAAGUUAGAAGUGUGACUGUGUUUGAAACCACAGACCUGGUGGAGGACUGUGGGACAGAAACACAGAUGCAUGAAACCUUGGCUGAUUUUGGCAUUACAGUUACUGAGGACAAAGAAGAGACCGUAAAUGUUGCAGUGGAAGAAAAUGAGCCAGAGUUUGUAGAUGCAAACCAUGCUGUUGAUGAUGAUGCAUGUUCUGAGCCUCCUAAGGAGCAUACAGUAGGUGCCACCUCAGAGGAUCCUGUACAAGCUAUGGAUGAGAAGAUUGUGAUAGAUAUUGAGGAACUUGAAAUGGUUAACUGUAAGAAAGGCUUUGUAGUUAUCAAUGAACCUAGUGACACCGUUAAGGCAACUGUGGAUGAAGCUUCUAUAACAUUUACUGAUGUGGAAGGCCCCUCAUCAAGCUCAAAUACUCAAGCUGAUUUGUCUACUUCAGAAGAACCAUUUAGGAAAGCUCCUCCACAGAUAGGAAUGAUCAGUUUACUAGACAGCAGUGAGGAUGAGGAGAGUGCUGAAGGUCUAUCUGCAGAUGAAGAGGAGGAGGAUCAAUCACAGGAAGCUGAAGACAUGCAGAGUGAAGAAGAAUCUAUGUACCCUUAUGGAAAUCAGAUGUCAGUAGAAGCAGAGGCUCACAGUAAUGGACUGUUUGUCAUAGACACUAGGCCCGGACUACGGUCUGAGGAAAAGUACUAUGUUGAUGCAAAGCAAACCGAGGAAGAGGAUGAGGAGGAUUUUGUUGAUGAGGAAGAAGAUGAAGACGAAGAUUCAAAAGUGCUCUUUUCAACCAAAAAGCCUCUGACACAAUUAUCCAGUUCCAUUGAUACAGGUCUGAAAAUGAAGGAACUUGGCGGUUUGUACAUCAGUUUUGAUGGCAGCAAGCCAAAGAGUCUUUCCAACAGUUUGAAAAUGCAGAAGAACAAGAAAAAUCAGGAUGAGUUGCUGAAGAAGAGUGUUAUCGUUCCGGAUUUGGAGAAGCAAGAUGCUGUGCCACCUUACAAGGAAUCAAAGCAUGCUGCUAAACUCAAGCGCAAGUUGGAAAGAGAAAAGACCACUGGUGAUGGCUGGUUCAACAUGAAAGCCCCUGAAUUAACAGAAGAGCUCAAAAAUGACCUGAAGGCAUUGAAGAUGCGCUCGGCCAUGGACCCAAAGCGCUUCUACAAGAAAAAUGAAAGAGAUGGAUUUCCUAAGUACUUUCAGGUUGGCACAGUGGUUGACAGCCCAGUGGACUUUUAUAAUUCCCGAAUCCCCAAGAAACAAAGGAAAAGGACCAUUGUGGAGGAGCUGCUUGCUGAUGCAGAGUUUAGAAGCUAUAACAAAAAGAAAUAUCAGGAGAUCAUGACCGAAAAAGCAGCACACGCUGCUGGCAAGAUGCACAAAAAGAAGCAUAAAUUCCUUAAAAAGAAAACUAAUAAAUAACUUUGUAUGACAAAUGACAUUUUCUUUCUGCUUGUG